AAAUAAAAUUCAAUAUGCCAAUGUCAUUCAUGGAAUCAACAUUUUUAUUCGUUAUCAGUGGUGUAUUAUCAUCAUUAGUUAUAACAAAUGCAUAUUAUCAAAAACAACAAUUCUAUCCAUCUGUGGUCUAUAUAACCAAAUCGAAUGCAUCGAUGGGUAUAAUAUAUCUACAAGGUUUAAUACUUGUUAUAUUGAUUGGUAAAUUGAUUGGUAAAAUAUUUUUCGGUCAAUUACGUACGGCCGAAAUUGAACAUCUUAUCGAACGUUCAUGGUAUGCUGUUACCGAAACUUGUUUGGCAUUCACUGUAUUUCGUGAUGAUCUUUCACCAAAAUUUGUUGCCUUGUUUACAUUGUUAUUAUUUUUAAAAUGUUUUCAUUGGUUGGCCGAAGAUCGUGUCGAUUAUAUGGAACGUAGUCCAAAUAUAUCCGUAUUUUUUCAUAUCCGUGUUGUUUCAUUGUUAUCGAUACUUGGUGUAUUGGAUGCAAUUUUUGUCUAUAUGGCCUAUCAUAGUACACUUUCAAAAGGUGCUUCCGUACAAUUGGUAUUUGGUUUCGAGUAUGCAAUAUUAUUUGCAAUCAUAUUGAAUAUAGCAAUGAAAUAUAUUCUACAUUUUUUCGAUCUUUAUAAUGAAAAUCCAUGGGAAGAUAAGGCAAUCUAUUUACUUUAUACUGAAUUAAUAAUGGGUUUUCUAAAGAUAACUCUUUAUUUAAUAUUCAUAUUUAUAAUGAUGAAAAUACAUACAUUUCCAUUAUUUUCAAUACGGCCUAUGUAUCUGGCAAUUAGAAAUUUUAAAAAAGCAUUUAAUGAUGUUAUUAUGUCACGUCGUGCUAUACGUAAUAUGAAUGCAUAUUAUCCAAAUGCAACGGCACAAGAUAUUGAAAAUUCGGAUAAUGUUUGUAUAAUUUGUCGUGAAAAUAUGUUAGGUAAUGGUAGUUGUAAAAAAUUACCAUGUAAUCAUAUAUUUCAUAUAUCAUGUUUACGUUCAUGGUUUCAACGACAACAAACAUGUCCAACAUGUCGUAUGGAUAUUUUACGUGUUAAUCAAGAACAACAACAACAACAAGCCGGUAAUGGACAAGCAGCUGCGGCUGCUGCCAAUAAUAAUAAUAAUAAUAAUAAUCAACAACCACCGGGUAAUAAUAAUAAUUUACCACAAACACCAUUAACAAAUAACCAACAACAACAACAACAACGUCAACAACAACAACAAAUAAAUGGACAGAUACCAUUUCCGCCAUUUACACAUCCAUUAUUUUUUCAACAAUUUCAUCAAUUUUUUGGACAACAACAACAAAGACGUGAACAACAACAAUCAAAUACAAAUAAUCAACAACAACAGCAAACAACAGGAGAAAAUUCGAAUCCAGGAACAACAACAACACAACAAUCAUCAUCAUCAUCAACAACAACAACAAAUGAUGGUACAAAUAAUAAUGCUGGAACAUCAUCAUCAUCAUCAACAUCAACAACAACAACAUUACCAUCAAUAACAUCGAUACCAGCUACUGUAUUUCCAUUUUUACAAUCACCACCAUUUCCAAUGCCAUCAAUACCAUCGAUUGAUACAUUAUUACAAGGAUUUUCUGAUGAUGAAUUAAGAUAUUUAGAAGGACAAACUAGACAACAACUUGAACAACGUAUAAAAUGUUUAAUGGAUGUUAAAACAUUAAUUACAGCUGCAAUGAUACGAUUACAGCAAUAUAAUUGUGUAAUAUUGAAUUGUCCGAUACAGAAUUCGAUUGGUACACAGACAACAUUUGAAUCGAAUGUUGUUGAUCAACAACAAGAAUCAAAUUCCGUAUCAACGGCAAAUACAUUGAAUGAAACAAAAUCAUCCAAUGUAGUAAAUAAUUUAUCUAGUCCAUCUGCUCAAUCAACAUCAACAUCAUCAUCAUCAUCAACAUUAAGAUCUACAAUCUUUAAAAAUUCUCAUCAUAUUGGUGGUGAUAAUCCUGAUAAUAAUGAUAAUGAUCAAGAUGAAUUAAUAAGACAACGAAGAUUACAAAGAUUUACCAAGAAUUCAAAUCCUCAAGAUGAUGAUAAUAAUGGUGAAUGAAAAAAAAAGAAGAUAAUCAUUAAGAGAGAUAAGAAACUUCCAAAUUGUGAUUCAAGAAAAAUUAUUCGAAGUAGAAAAAAAAAAUGUUCGAAUAAUUCUUUUUUUAUAAUGUUUAUUUUUUUUCGAAACUCCAUUUUUGUUUGUUCGUUUUUUUUUUUGGUUUUUGAUAUACGAUUCUCCAAAAAUUAUUGAUUGAUCGUUUGUUUUUAUUGCAAAACAAAUGAUAAUCAUAAUCAUCAUCAUAAUUACCAUGAUUUGUUUCGUUCCAAAUUCAUGUUAUUUGAAUUUCAAGCGCAAUG